AUGAAACUUACCUUCCCCGCCGUGGUUGCCGCUGCGACUCUCGGCGCUGCGGCACCGUUCACCUCGAGGAAUCCAGCCAACGUGCUACUGAAGCCUAGGAUAGAAACACCGUCUGCAUUGACAUGUCAGGCAUCGAGUUGGCCUCCGAACACGAUAGGCGGGCCAAACCUACCACAGGCACCAUCUGCGGACCUCGAGUCUAUACUUGCGCAGGUUGAUCCGGCUAACAUUGAGGCUACGAUCCGGAAAUUGGUGUCGUUUGGCACGCGGCACACGUUAUCAAUACAGAACUCGACGACUCGCGGGAUAGGAGCGGCGCGUGACUGGAUCCACGCCGAGUUCCAGAAGUACGCCGACGCGAGCGACGGGAAGCUAACGGUGGAAAGUGUAGGGUAUACGCAGGAAGCAGAUGGCAGCCGGAUCUUAUUCCCGGUGCUCAUCAGCGACGUCGUUGCGACUUUGCACGGGACUGAGGAUAACCGGUUGUAUGUUGUAUCUGGGCACUACGACUCUCGGGUUUCGGACCCGUUGAACUACGAGAGCGACGCGCCUGGCGCCGAUGAUGACGCCUCGGGAGUUGCCAUCUCGCUUGAGCUGGCGCGGAUUAUAUCGCAGCCGCAGUACCCUCGUCCCAAGGCGAGUAUCGCAUUUGUAGCCGUCGCGGGCGAGGAGCAGGGACUGUACGGGGCGAAGUUCUUAGCUCAAACGUAUGCUAAUGCUACGCCGAGGGUUAAUGUCGAGGGCAUGUUCACGAAUGACAUCGUAGGUUCGCCGAAAGGUGGGACAAACGGAGAAUCCGUAGACCCGUAUGUCAUACGAUUGUUUGCGCAAGGCUUGCCUGGACUCGCGAUUGAGAAUAGCACGACGCGGGAAACGCGUCUGACGAUCGGCGGUGAAAACGACACGCCGGCGCGGCAGCUAGCGCGCUUCGUCAAGGAGACGGCCGAGAACACGGCGACGGGCAUGAACGUCUCCGUGGUAUACCGCCUCGACCGCUACCUGCGCGGCGGCGACCACCGGCCUUUCCUCGAAGCCGGGUACCCCGCCGCCCGAUUUACGGAACCUCACGAGGAUUACGCGCAUCAGCACCAGGAUGUGCGCGUUGAUUCCGACGGAAAGCAGUACGGGGAUCUGCCUGAGUUCGUUGAUUUCGAGUACGUGGCGCGCGUUGCGCGUGUCAACGGCGCUGCGCUAUGGAGCCUUGCGACAGCACCGGGGACGCCCCAGAACGUGCGCGUCGAUACGUCGGCCCUGAGCAGUAGUACCACGCUGUACUGGGAUCCGCUUGCUGCUGGACACGAUGGUGGUUACGAGGUGGUAUGGCGUCCGACGAGCGCGCCCUUUUGGACGGGUGUACUUGACGUGGGUCCCGCUAUUGAAGCUACGGUGCCACUGAGUAAAGAUGAUGUUGUGUUUGGAAUCCGGGCUAAGGGCGCAGACGGCUUUCGAGGUGUUGCUGUGCUACCCUUUCCCGGGAGCCGAUAA